AUUAAUUCCAGCGAUAAUAGAGAUCUCCACCCUUCCGCUCUCUAAAAAUACCCCAAAGCUAAGAAAGCCAAACCGCGACACCCCAGCCACAGACGGAGAUCCAUAAAUCAGCACCGCCCGGACUCGUUAGUGCCAAAACGCAUCUCCCCCCCGAAGGCAGUCAGAAUUCAUCCUUCCCUUCCUCUCCUGUUGGCCCCGAUAAUAUUCUCUCCCUUUUCUUUUCUGCUUUUCUGACCUUUUUCUCCCGCGCAUUAAUAUUCACCGUCCUCGUGCUCCCACAUCCCCCCCCUCCCUCUCCUCCCCCCUAUCAAUGCUCCAGGGGCAUUCCAUCGCUUUGACGGUGUCUAUCCGCCCCCAUCAUCAUGGCCAGCGGUAGGCCUCCAGGACUUCAUCCAGCCGCUGGCCGCGAUGACGAUCUGCUGCAGCUGGAGGAACCAACUCCCUUGUAUAAUCCGGGACAGGGCCCACCGGUCAACGAUGAACACUUGUUGCGACAAUUCAACAUCAACGACUCCGAUGAACCUCAACCGCGACCUUCCGUCUCCUACGAUAGUUUCGUCGGCGGCAGCGGCGGACAUCAACCGCCGCCGCAUCUCCAGCAGCAACACCCCGGCGCCCGUGCGAUGACCUCCGCGCACCCUCCCGUCCAGUCGGGAGCCUACAUGACCGAUCCGUAUAUGGGAACCGACGUCUCGAGGACCUAUUCGCAGACUUCCGGGCUGAGCAACUACCGUCGCUAUUCCGUUGACGACUACGAGGACGACCAUGGAUACUACAACAUGGACGAUGGGGACGACCCCUUACACUCCAGCCAUCGCGUACGGCAAGCCACCGAGCGGAAUAGCAUUCUGGGCCUGGGAGGCGGGCUGAUGGGCCGAGCAAAGCACAUGCUGGGCAUGGCUCCCGAAUACUCGGAGAUGGAUCUCCCGCUGACGGAGCACGGCGCGAGGGCGGCUCGCAUCGACAGCGCUGACCCGGACGAAACGAACGCGGCCGCUGCUCCCCGGUCCAAGAAGCCCAAGAAGCCCAGCUUCAAGUUUGGCUUUGGCCGCGGUAAGGUCGACCCGUCUACGCUGGGCCCUCGCAUGAUCGUGUUAAAUAAUCCUCCGGCCAACGCGGUGCACAAAUUCGUCGACAACCACGUGUCCACGGCCAAAUACAAUAUCAUCACCUUCCUGCCGAAGUUCCUCUACGAGCAGUUCUCCAAAUACGCCAACCUGUUUUUCUUGUUUACGGCUGUUCUGCAGCAGAUCCCGAACGUGUCUCCGACCAAUCGAUACACCACCAUCGGUCCGCUGUUGAUUGUGUUGCUCGUCUCCGCUAUCAAAGAACUCGUCGAAGAUUAUAAGCGGAGGACGUCAGACAAGAGUCUGAACUACUCGAAAACUCAGGUGCUGAAAGGGUCUGCGUUCCACGAUACGAAAUGGAUUGAUGUAGCGGUGGGCGAUAUUGUCCGGGUGGAGUCCGAACAGCCUUUCCCGGCCGAUCUGGUGCUCUUGGCAUCUUCAGAACCGGAAGGGUUGUGCUAUAUCGAGACGGCCAAUCUGGACGGAGAGACCAAUCUGAAAAUCAAGCAGGCCAUUCCCGAAACCGCCCACCUCGUAAGUCCGGCCGACCUCAGCCGACUGAGCGGCCGCGUUCGCUCCGAACAACCGAACAGCAGUCUCUACACCUACGAGGCGACGUUGACCAUGCACGCCGGAGGGGGAGAGAAGGAGCUUCCUCUAGCUCCGGAUCAGCUUCUUCUGCGAGGUGCGACGCUGCGAAACACGCCGUGGGUGCACGGAAUCGUUGUCUUCACCGGUCACGAAACGAAACUGAUGCGCAAUGCAACGGCAACUCCGAUCAAGCGGACCGCGGUCGAGCGCAUGGUCAACGUCCAGAUUUUGAUGCUGGUCGGCAUUCUGAUCGCUCUUUCUGUGAUUAGUUCCGUGGGUGACCUGAUCAUCCGGCAGACCCAGGCCGACCGACUUCAGUAUCUGGCCUACGGCAGCGUCAACCCGGUGAAGCAAUUUGUACUCGAUAUUUUCACCUACUGGGUUCUCUACUCGAAUCUUGUUCCCAUUUCGCUUUUCGUGACGAUAGAGAUCGUCAAGUAUGCACAGGCGUUCUUGAUCAAUUCCGAUAUGGAUAUUUACUACGACAAAACCGACACUCCGGCAACCUGUCGAACGUCUUCACUGGUCGAGGAAUUGGGCCAGAUCGAGUAUAUCUUCUCCGACAAGACGGGCACACUGACCUGCAACAUGAUGGAGUUCAAGCAGUGCACGAUCGGUGGGAUUCAAUACGGCGAGGAUAUUCCAGAAGACCGACGAGCCACAGUCGAAGACGGCGUCGAAGUCGGAGUCCACAACUUCAAACAACUGCGCGAUAACCUGCAGUCCCAUCGGACCAGGGACGCGAUGCACCACUUCCUGACUCUACUUGCUACAUGUCAUACCGUCAUCCCAGAGCGAAACGACGAAAAGCCGGGCGAGAUCAAGUAUCAGGCCGCGUCUCCAGACGAGGGAGCUCUGGUUGAGGGUGCUGCCCAGCUUGGUUAUCAAUUCACCAACCGAAAGCCGCGAUCGGUGCUCAUCACCGUGGGUGGUCAGGAGUAUGAGUAUGAGCUCCUUGCUGUCUGCGAAUUUAACUCCACCCGAAAGCGAAUGUCAACGAUUUUCCGCUGCCCCGAUGGCAAGGUCCGUAUCUAUACGAAAGGUGCCGACACGGUCAUCCUGGAGCGUCUGAAUUCAGAUAAUCCCAUCGUUGAAGCAACCUUGCAACAUCUGGAAGACUAUGCCUCGGAGGGUCUUCGAACUCUGUGUUUGGCCAUGCGUGAGAUUCCGGAGGAGGAGUUCCAGCAGUGGUACCAGAUCUACGACAAGGCGUCAACGACGGUCGGCGGCAACCGGGCAGAUGAGCUGGACAAGGCGUCAGAGCUAAUCGAGAAGGACUUCUACCUGCUGGGCGCCACGGCUAUCGAGGAUCGUCUGCAGGAUGGGGUUCCGGAUACCAUACACACGUUGCAGACUGCUGGAAUCAAGGUCUGGGUUUUGACUGGUGACCGACAGGAAACGGCUAUCAAUAUUGGCAUGUCGUGCAAGCUGAUCUCGGAAGAUAUGACCCUUUUGGUUAUCAACGAGGAAACAGCGCAAGCUACGAGGGACAACAUAACUAAGAAACUGCAGGCCGUUCAAAGCCAGGCAGCCUCCGGGGAAACCGAACCGUUGGCCCUUGUGAUUGACGGACGGUCCUUAACUUUUGCUUUGGAGAAGGAUAUGGAGAAGCUGUUCUUGGACUUGGCGGUUCAGUGUAAGGCAGUGGUUUGCUGUCGUGUUUCUCCCCUUCAAAAGGCUCUGGUGGUCAAGCUGGUCAAGCGUCAUCUCAAGUCGCUACUGCUUGCUAUUGGUGAUGGCGCCAACGACGUGUCUAUGAUCCAGGCCGCUCAUGUCGGCGUCGGUAUCAGUGGUGUCGAGGGUCUUCAAGCCGCUCGGUCCGCCGAUGUGUCGAUUGCCCAGUUCCGCUUCCUUCGCAAACUGCUUCUGGUGCAUGGCGCGUGGAGUUAUCAUCGUAUCAGUCGGGUUAUUCUGUACUCGUUCUACAAGAACAUUGCGCUCUAUAUGACCCAGUUUUGGUACUCUUUCCAAAACGCGUUCUCCGGUGAAGUCAUCUACGAAUCAUGGACUCUUUCCUUCUAUAACGUCUUCUUCACCGUGCUCCCUCCGUUUGCCAUGGGCAUCUGCGACCAGUUUAUUUCUGCCCGAUUGUUAGAUCGAUAUCCCCAACUGUACCAGCUUGGACAGAAAGGGAUGUUCUUCAAGAGGCACAGUUUCUGGUCGUGGGUUCUGAACGGUUUCUACCAUUCGCUGCUACUCUACAUCGUCUCCGAAUUGAUCUACUACUCGGAUCUGCCCCAAGCGGACGGUAUGGUCUCCGGCCACUGGGUCUGGGGUUCAGCUCUGUACACAGCCGUGUUGGCGACUGUGCUUGGCAAGGCUGCGCUGAUCACCAACAUUUGGACGAAGUACACGUUUAUCGCCAUCCCAGGCUCCAUGGUCAUCUGGUUGGCGUUCCUGCCGGCGUACGGGUACGCCGCGCCGGCCAUCGGCUUCUCGACCGAAUACUACGGUACGAUCCCGCGGCUGUUCAAAUCUCCCGUCUUCUACCUCAUGGUGGUGGUGCUACCUUGUGUUUGCCUCCUGCGUGACUACGCCUGGAAAUACGCCAAACGGAUGUACUACCCGCAGCACUACCAUCACGUGCAGGAGAUCCAGAAAUAUAAUGUCCAGGACUACCGGCCGCGCAUGGAGCAGUUCCAGAAGGCAAUUCGCAAGGUCCGGCAGGUGCAGCGCAUGCGCAAGCAGCGUGGGUAUGCAUUCAGUCAGGCCGACGAGGGCGGGCAGCAGAUGCGCGUUGUCAACGCUUACGAUACCACGAGGGGAAGAGGUAGAUAUGGUGAAAUGACUAGUUCCAGGGCCCUGGUUUAAUGAUUUCUUUUUCUGUGUGAUUAUUGUUCUAACAUUUUUUUUUGACCUUUUAACCUUGAACCUUCCAUUCUUCGAUCUUCUGUCUCUGUCUCUUGCUCUUGAGCUAACCCCUGACUGAGCCUUGAUUCCGACUUUGAUCCAAUCUAUGUUAUCAUGUGUAUUAGUUCGCUUGCUUGUUGCUAUUAUGCCUAACCUGCUGUUGCAUUUCUGGCGGUGAUUCGUUGAUUGAUUGACUCGAUUGAUUGAGUAUUUACUUAUUCAUUUCUUCUUGUUGGUUGUUGGGCGGAUUGAUUUGAUUUUAUAUCUGAAUCUAUAUCUGAUCCGAUUGGAUUGGAUGGGAUUUGUGACCUUUGUUUGAUUUUUUUAUAUUCCGAAUAUCUAUAUGAAUGAAGUCAAUGUGAAAAAUACGUU